AUGAUUAUUGGAAGAGUAGAACCACGAGCAUAUUAUAUUUCCUCCAAAAUAGCGAAACAAAAUCAACAGAAAAAAGCGGCCAUGAAUUUGGCAAGGGCAAAGAUUAUCACUCCAAAAGGAAAAGGAUACAAUCUUUUUGAGCCCGUUGAUAAGCAAAAAGUUAAGCACAUGGAUGUUGCUAUUAAUCUACUGAGGCUUCGGUACUCGAACCAUCCGGAGUGGUUUAUGAGUGAAAAGAUUUGCUUUGUUGAUAUAAUUUUAUUCACGAUGUGGACUAUCAAGUACGAGGAGUUCGUUGCUUUUCCGGCAAAUCCAGAUGGUUAUGGUAAACUCUUACCAGCUGGAGCGCUGGAUUAUCAAAAAGGUUUGGAACCAGCUUAUUGCAGAUCAAACAAGCUGUGGGGGAUGGAAGUGGAUGAUAUGUACAACCCAUUACACAUAAAAGGUAAUCAAUGGGUGGCUCUAUGGAUUUCACUUUCAAAGAGACACAUUGUUGUCUGGGAUAGUAUUCUGAGUUACGCAAAAGAUGAAGAAAUUGACGUGGCAGUGGAGCCUAUAGCCGUCAUCAUGCCUGCGCUCAUCCAUGACACAUGUUUAGCAGAGGAAAGACACAAGUAUUCAUAUGAUCGAUACACGCAUGAGCGGAUUAAAGGAGGUGUACCAUAA